AUGGCCCAGAUCCAUCUGUGGCUGGUGGCAGGGGCCAUGCUCUGCUCCAGCCCUGCUGGUUCUCUUGAGGAGAUCUUACUUUGGAUCCAUAGAGGAGACACCCUGAGAGUCUUCAAUCUUUUGAGGCAACUGCAAAGGACCCCGCCUCACCUAUGCCUGGAUCACAGAAACGACUUCAAAUUUCCUUGGAAUAGGGGGACAAUCACCCAGAUGCAGAAGACACAACAUACCUGUUUCCACCAUCUGAUGCUCCUGCAGAUCCUCAGCCUCUUCACAACACACCACAGCCUCGCUGCAUGGGACCACACCCUCCUCUCUCAACUCCUCUCCAGCCUUCAUCACAGCCUGGAGCACCUGGAGCAGAGGGAAGGAGAAAAUCGGGCUUGUCCCAGUGUGGGAAUUCUCGUCCGGAAGUACUUCCAAAGCAUCCAUCACUACCUGAGAGGGAAGAACUACAGCUUCUGUGCCUGGGAGGUCCUCAGAGUGGAGGUGACAGUCCACCUUUUAGUCCUGUAG